GAAAGCAUAAACCCUCACAAUCCCAAUUCCUGUGCCGUCGUUUCCCUCUCUCUUCUGUAAACAUGGAGGAGCCUGCAACACAAGGCUUUCUCUACGAAACCCUACCGGCGCUCUCUCUUCCCACCCCCAAUCAAUCUCCGCCGCCCGAUGACCUGGAAUCCUACUCCGUUUUCCGCAACGAGGUUACUCUCUCCACUCCCCAAUGCGCUCCGGUGGACACCGCCGCACCAGAUUUCUUCUCACUCGACGUUGGUGCCGACGAAGCCGAGCCAAAUUGGGCCUCACCGUCUCGUACACUUGCAGCCGAGCCGAGGACGCCGCUUCACCAAUACGAGCCGACUACGCCGGCUCUUGAAGUGGAGCCAAAGCUCGAGAGCGGGUGGUUUAGGGGCCAUAGUAAAUUCAAGAGCCCUAUGCUUCAGCUUCAUAAAGAAAUUGUGGACUUUUGUGAGUUUCUCUCUCCAACUCCAGAAGAACAAGAGGCACGCACUUCAGCAGUAGAACGUGUCUCUCAGGUUAUCAAAUAUAUAUGGCCUCGGUGCAAGGUUGAAGUUUUUGGGUCCUUCAAGACGGGUUUAUAUCUUCCCGCUAGUGAUAUUGAUGUUGUCAUUAUGAGGUCAGGCAUACCAACACCGCAGCAAGGAUUGCAGGCCCUUUCUAGGGCGUUGUCACAGAUGGGAUUGGCAAAAAAGAUACAGGUGAUUGGAAAGGCACGUAUUCCUAUUAUUAAGUUUGUAGAAAAAACAAGUGGCAUUGCCUUUGACAUAAGUUUUGAUAUAGAAAGCGGACCAAAAGCUGCUGACUUUAUCCAGGACGCGGUAUCUAAGUGGCCUCCUUUGCGACCAUUAUGUUUAAUCUUAAAAGUAUUUUUACAACAGAGAGAAUUAAAUGAGGUUUACUCUGGUGGAUUAGGUUCUUACGCCCUCCUUACGAUGCUCAUGGCAAUGUUGCAUAGCCACAGAGAAUGUCAAGCUUCUUCAGAACAAAACUUGGGAGUUCUUUUGGUAAACUUCUUUGAUUUUUAUGGACGCAAAUUGAAUACUUCAGAUGUUGGUGUAUCGUGCAAAGGGGCAGGGACCUUUUUUAAAAAGAGUGUCAAAGGGUUCAUAACCAAAGGACGACCGUUUCUUAUUGCCAUCGAGGAUCCCCAGGCACCAGAGAAUGACGUUGGGAAAAACUCAUUUAACUAUUUUCAGAUUAGAUCAGCCUUUUCAAUGGCUUACACUACAUUGACAAAUCCUAAGGUCAUCUUGUGCCUAGGCCCAAACAGGAGCAUUCUUGGUACCAUAAUUAGACCUGAUCCUACGUUGGUGGAACGCAAAGGAGGGCCCGGGCUAGUAGCUUUUGAUAGCUUGCUUCCUGGAGCAGGGAAACCACUUCAGCUAGAGCAUGAUGGGCAGGAGUUUAUGUGCAAUUGGCAGUUAGAUGAUGAUGAUGAUCCCCUGCCGCGGGGAGAUGAUUCUGCUGGAGGCGGUAGUGGGCGAUCAUCAGGAAGGAAGAGGAAGGCUUCUUUUAAAGAGAAGUCAGGUAAGAAGGGAAAAGAAAAUGGUGAAGUGGGGAGGAGGAAUGUAGAAAAUGGCUCAAAGAAAGAGAAGGCUAGGCGUGAUGAAAAUAGCUCAAGGAAAGGGAAGGGAAAAAUGAAGAAGAUUAGGAGACGGAGACAUUCCCAAGAUAAUGCCAAUUGAUUUGGUCAUCAUGGUGGUGGAUCUCCGUGGACUCUGUAGAACCCUUCUCAUGCCUGUAACUUGCCAUGCUCUUGGAAGUGUCCGACUUUCUUUUCCGCUGUUAGUGGGUUCUGAUUAGCAUUGUAUUUCAUGGACCAACAUGCUGCUGCCAUUAACUGAAAAUGGAAGUGCAGUGCUAAGUGGAGCCUCUGUUACAGCCUCUCUGUUAUCUGUGAUAAUACUGACUGCUCGUUUACCGCCUUUACAUGCAAUACACGGCUUGUGUUGAGCUUAUGGUAAAGUCUUAAUGCCAUAUAAGCCGGACUUUGGAACAUGUUCUGCAAGAUGAGGCUAUUUCCCCAGUUUUGACAUGGGCAGUGAUCUGGGUGUUAAACAUGUAACCCUUUCAGUGUCCUUUCCUUUUUGAUCGUAAGCCUAACAUGAACUUCACGUAUGUUUUAAUUUAUUUACAUUUUUACACAAUAGAAAGAUAAAGUUAUUACACAUAUUGUCUGUCUUCUCAUGUUGAAUGUAUAACAGGAUCUCAUUUUGGGCUUCAAUUCCACUUGGAACGAACUGUUUUAUGAAUUUAUCAACUUACAAAUUAUUAUAAUAAAUUUUGGUAUUAAAAAAAGGACUUGCUCACACAUGGAAAUGGGAAUGCAUUUGGACAUGGGAUCUCGAUCUCAAACCGGACCCGGGACUACGAAAGUCAUUGAAGAAUUACAACAGAGCACCCAAAAGUCUACCAACGAAAAAACGCACCAAAGAUAACGACGGUGUCUCUCUCUCUCUGUUCGCUUUGUUCAGUGAGAUCAACAUGAACCCCAUGUCGGUUUGCUCCUCCUCCUCCUCGUCGUCGUCUGGGUCUUGGAGCAGCACCAAGGCAUGGAUUGUCCACGGAAUCGUCGCCGGAGUUGCAAUUGCGGUGGCAAUUGGCGCCAGGGUUUACUUGGGUCCGCCAAAGAAGUUUCGGAGCCGGGUCGUCGGCAUCAUCCCCGCCCGUUUCGAUUCUUCACGUUUCCAGGGCAAGCCUCUCGUUCAGAUCCUCGGAAAGCCCAUGAUCCAGAGAACAUGGGAAAGGGCAAAACUGGCAACUACACUGGAUCAUGUUGUUGUUGCGACAGACGAUGAGAAGAUUCGAGAAUGUUGUCGCAGUUUUGGAGCUGAUGUCAUAAUGACCUCAGAAUCCUGCAGGAAUGGUACUGAGCGUUGUUCUGAAGCUAUUCAAAAGCUUGAGAAGAAGUAUGAUAUAGUUGUCAAUAUUCAGGGGGAUGAGCCUCUUAUUGAACCUGAGAUAAUAGAUGGAAUUGUUAAAGCUUUGCAGGAAGCCCCAGAUGCAGUGUUUAGCACUGCGGUCACAUCAUUAAAACUUGAAGACGCAUUUGAUCCGAAUCGAGUGAAAUGUGUGGUUGACAAUUCUGGUUAUGCCAUCUAUUUUUCAAGGGGGUUGAUUCCAUUUAACAAGUCAGGCAAGGCCAAUCCACAGUUUCCCUAUAUGCUUCAUCUAGGAAUUCAGAGCUAUGAUACAGGGUUCCUAAAAAUAUAUCCUCAGCUUGAACCUACUCCUUUGCAACUAGAAGAGGAUCUGGAGCAGCUUAAAGUCCUUGAAAAUGGGUAUAAGAUGAAGGUGAUCAAGGUUGACCAUGAGGCUCAUGGUGUUGACGCCCCAGAAGAUGUUGAGAAGAUAGAAUCUCUAAUGCUCCAGAGGAACUUGUCUUAGAAAUUCCUAGUUUGUGGUAUAUCAGACCAUUAAAAAGCAAGUAAAUCUUCCAUAGACCCACACUUAAUGAUUAGAGUUACUAAGCUCUUACAAAUUCCCCUGUAUAUUAAAAGUGAUUUGUUUCUGAGUCAUUCCUUGUAGGGUUUUUUCCCCCCCAUUGUUUGCUCUCCAUAGCCGAAAGUUUAGAGUUGUAUGUUAUUUAUGAGUUGUAUUCUAAUUUUGUUUUCUGCCCCUGAUUAUCAUGUGCAUCAGUAUGUAUUCUAUGUCUAUGUGUCAUAAUAGAAGGAUUAAUUUUGUUCA